CUGCGGCGGAGGUCGACAUUCAUUUUCAGAUAUCCGCGGUCAUGGCCGAGAGCAGCAGCAACAACCAGCUGCCGUCGCCGACGAAGGACGUCGUCAUGCACGACGAGACUCAUGACGACUAUGACGACGAGGACGACGAGAUGAUCGACGUCGACUACUACAGCUCCGACUCGGAGGUCGACGAAGACGUCGAGCCCGAAGUCGACUCGUUUGGCAACUUGACGCUCAACAGCGCCAAGAAGUGCUCGGUCGACGACUGCCCGCGGGGCGCCAAGCGCGGCGGCCUCUGCAUCGCGCAUGGCGGUGGUCGGCGCUGCCAAGCCGCCGACUGCCAAAGCAGCGCGGUCGGCGGUGGCUUUUGCAUUACGCACGGCGGCGGCAAGAAAUGCAAGUUUGCCGGAUGUGAGAACAGCGCGCGGUCCCGCGGCCUCUGCCCCGCCCACGGUGGCGGCACGCGCUGCCGCCACGACGGCUGCACCAAGCAUGUCGUCUCGGGUGGCAAGUGUGUGGCGCACGGCGGCGGUCGUCGCUGCCGGUACGAUCAAUGCGCGUCGAGUGCCGUCUCAAGAGGCCUCUGCGUCUUGCAUGGCGGCGGUCGCAAGUGCAAAGCCGACGGCUGCAACAAGCACGUCGCGUCGGCGGGGCUGUGCCGCGCUCAUGGCGGCGGCCGUCGCUGCAAAAUGGACGGGUGCAUGAGCAGCGCUCAGAGCCGAGGCCUCUGCUACGUCCACGGCGGCGGUGGUCGGUGUCAAAUGGGCGGGUGCAGCUCCAGCGCCAAGAAAGGCGGGUACUGUAUCGCGCACGGCGGCGGCCAUCGCUGCAAGGUUGACGGCUGCAAGAGCUCGGCGGUCUCGGGCGAGCUCUGCCGCGCGCAUGGCGGUGGCAAGCGCUGCAGUAUUGCCGAUUGUAAGAGCAGCGCCAAAACGGGCGGUCUCUGCAUUGCGCACGGCGGUGGUAAGCGCUGCAUGGUCGAGUCGUGUCGCAGCAGCGCGCAACGCAUGGGUCUCUGCAAGGCCCAUGGCGGCGGUCGCAAGUGCAACUCGGACGGCUGCGGUAACAGCGCCGUGAGCCGCGGCAAGUGCAUCGCGCACGGCGGCGGGAAGCGCUGCAUCGUACCUGGUUGCUCGACGACGGCGCGCAAGGGCGGCUUCUGCUUUGCCCACGGCGGUCGCAACGGCGACGCACGCCUCGGGGACCGUGUCGUUGUCGGCAAGAUCUCGGUCGAGGCGUACGACGACAUGGACGACGAAGAUGACGUCGAUAUGAAAGCCGAAGAAAUUCGCGCAACCGAAGAGCCCGUCAAGGCCGACUCGCCGAGCCGCAACCAGAAAGAUGAAGCCGCUGCCGAGAGCCGCCGCCCGAGCGGCUACUCGUGGCAGCGACUGCAAGAGACUGUGCUCAAGGAGUCGGUCGCCCAAGGCAUCGCCGCGACUGAAGACGAAGACUCGGGCGAGGACACGUCCGACUCGGAUGCGUCCAACCCGUUUCGCAUGCUCGUCUCGGCGGUUCUCUGCAAGUAGCUUAGCCUCCUAUAGACGCCCACUGCCUACGCAGUGACUAAUAUUUUAAUAGACGUUCCUUCCAACGGACAGUACGUCCGUUGGAAAGGACACUUUCACUCUGAAAA